UUUCUCCAAAAACAAGGCAUAGUGUCAUCUGAUUGAUGUGUUUCUCUGUAUCAAUCUAACAUAUAUGUAUAUGCUCUGCAUAAUACAUGCAAUGUCUGAUAUUUAAAAGAGCAAUACCCAAAUAGAAAUGGAUCCGUUAAUUAAUUUUAACGAAGAAAAUGAACCUCCUAAUGCUAAACAAAUCUCCGACCGCCGCUUCUUAUCAUUCUCCGAUGACGACGAACAAUCCGACAUGCCCAAGUCAUCAUCUUCUACUAUUAUUACUACUUCCGACAACAACAACAUUAUUCCAAAUUUAAACUACUCUCAUAAUAAUUACUAUAACAGCACUGAAUUUAAUACUAGUUCUCCUUCUCCUACUACUGUUUCCACAGCUAAUGACAGCGGCGGAGACGGCGGAGGUUUACCAGAGUUUAUAGGAAAAGGCGGAGGUUCUGGAAUUUUCAGAGUUCCUCUUCGGAAAGCGCUCCACCCAGGCCGGCCUCCGAGCCUCGAGGUACGACCUCACCCCUUGCGAGAAUCCCAAACCGGUUGUUUUCUCAGAACUAUUACUACCAAUCCCUUUCAAUUGUGUUCCGGCAGCGAAGACGGCUCACUUCUCGUCUGGAAAUUCUCUGAUAUCUACCGUGGGAUACACGACACUGCACCCUAUGGCUAUACUCAGUCCGCUGCGGUGGGAUCUGGGGUUCUCUGUCUGCUUGGGGAUGACGCUACCGGAGUGGUUUGGAGCGGGCAUAAGGAUGGGAAGAUUAGGUGUUGGAAGAUGAAUGAUUCAAAUUCCAACUCCAAUUGUUUCAAGGAAGUUCUGUCUUGGAUUGCUCACCGCGGCCCUGUUCUAUCCAUGGUCCUAACUUCUUACGGGGAUUUAUGGUCUGGUUCUGAAGCUGGUGCUCUCAGGAUAUGGCCUUGGGAAGCUAUUCAUAAAUCGUUUUCGCUUACCAAGCAGCAACGCCACAUUGCUUCCUUAUCGCUCGAGAGGUCCUUUAUCGACCCUAAGACGCAACUCUCUCUCGCUGGAUUUUGCAAUGCGCUUAAUUCUGAUAUUCGAUACUUGCUUUCUGAUCAUUCUGGAGCCAAUGUCUGGAGUGUUUCUUAUCUUUCAUUUGCAUUGUGGGAUGCCCAUACACGGGAGUUGCUGAAAAUAUUCAAUAUAGAUGGUCAGAUUGAUAAAAUGGACCCUUUAUCAGGGCAAGAUAUUACCUUUGAAGAUGAUAUUAAGAUGAAAACUGUAGCUGGUUUAAAGAAAGAAAAGAUUCGAAGUUCUUUUGGUUUCUUUCAGCGUUCACGCAAUGCUAUAAUGGGAGCAGCUGGUGCUGUUCGCAGGGUUACUACAAAAGGUAGUUUUGGAGAUGAUUAUAGGAGAACUGAGGCAUUAGUUAUAACAAUGGAUGGAAUGAUCUGGACAGGUUGUGCAAAUGGAUUACUUGUACAGUGGGAUGGAAAUGGCAACCGUUUGCAAGAUUUCCAUUAUCAUUCUUAUGCUGUUCAAAGCUUUUCCACAUUUGGAAUACGGAUAUGGGUAGGGUAUGCAAGUGGAACCAUCCAGGUAUUGGACCUUGAAGGUAACUUACUGGGUGAGUGGCUGGCUCACAGCAGCCCUGUGAUUAAAAUGGCUGUUGGGGCGGGGUAUGUUUUCACCUUGGCUAAUCAUGGUGGUAUACGUGGAUGGAGUGUCAUGUCUCCGGGACCAAUUGACAACAUUUUGCGUUCAGAAUUGGCUGAAAAUAAAUUCUUGUAUACAAAUAUUGAGAACUUGAAGAUACUAGCUGGUACGUGGAAUGUAGCUCAAGGAAAAGCAUCUCGUGAUUCACUUAUAUCCUGGCUAGGCUGUGUAGCUGGAGAUGUUGGCAUUGUUGUUGUUGGCUUGCAAGAAGUUGAAAUGAGUGCUGGUGCUCUAGCAAUGUCUGCAGCCAAAGAAACUGUUGGACUUGAGGGGAGUUCUCUUGGGCAGUGGUGGCUGGAAAUGACAGGCAAAAUUUUGGAUGAAGGUUCAAGCUUUGUACGAGUUGGUUCCCGACAAUUAGCAGGCUUACUUAUUUCUGUAUGGGUCAGAAAUAAUCUUAAAGCUCAUGUUGGGGAUGUUGACGCUGCUGCAGUUCCUUGUGGAUUUGGGCAUGCAAUUGGUAAUAAGGGAGCUGUUGGUUUGAAGAUUAGAGUAUAUAAUCGGACAAUGACCUUCGUUAAUUGUCACUUUGCGGCACAUUCGGAGGCAGUCAAUCGUCGUAAUGCAGACUUUGAUCAUGUGUAUCGAACAAUGACUUUUGGUCGACCUUCUCUUUUCUUCAAUGCUGCACCUGCUGAUUCUUCGUCAGCAGUUCAACUUCUUCGUUCUACAAAUGUUGUGGGUGCCAACUGUGCAGAGGGAAUGCCUGAGUUAUCUGAGGCUGACAUGGUCAUAUUCCUUGGGGACUUUAAUUACCGGCUUGACGGUAUAUCUUAUGAUGAAGCAAGGGACUUUAUUUCUCAAAGAAGCUAUGAGUGGCUUAGAGAAAAGGAUCAGCUUCGCGCGGAAAUGGAAGCUGGGGAUGUCUUCCAAGGCAUGCGGGAAGCAAUUAUUAGAUUUCCCCCCACGUACAAGUUUGACAAACACCAGCCUGGUUUAGCAGGAUAUGAUUCGGGUGAAAAAAAGCGCGUUCCUGCCUGGUGUGACAGAAUACUUUACCGUGAUAGCCGAUCAGCUAGAGUGUCUGAAUGCAGUUUAGACUGUCCCGUUGUCUCUCUCAUAUCGCAGUAUGAUGCUUGCAUGGAUGUCACUGAUAGUGAUCACAAGCCUGUACGUUGUACAUUUAGUGUUGAUAUAGCACGAGUUGAUGAGUCGGUGAGGAGACAAGAGUUUGGCGACAUUAUCAAAUCAAAUGAUGAAAUUAGAUGCAUUCUUGAAGAACAGUGCAAGAUUCCAGAGACUGUUGUGAGCACAAACAAUAUAAUCCUUCAACACCAGGAUACGGCCAUUUUGCGUAUCGCAAAUAAAUGUGAAAAAAGGGAUGCUCUAUUUGAAAUUAUAUGUGAAGAUCAGUUUACCAUUGAUGAAGAUGGACAAGCAUCAGAUCAUCAUGCAAGAGGUUCCUUCGGCUUUCCUCGGUGGCUUAAGGUCACUCCAGCAACUGGUGUAAUAAAACCAGAUAAUACUGCAGAGGUGUCUGUUCAUAUUGAUGAUUUUCCUACCCGGGAAGAGUUUCUCGACGGCCUCUGUCGAAAUUCUUGGUCUGAGGAUUCGAGAGACGAGGAAGCUAUAUUGGUGAUUAAAGUGCAUGGUGCAAACAAUACAGUGGACUGGAAAGACCAUCGCGUCCGUGUGCGCCACAGCGGUUCAGCACGAACAGGUAGGGUGGACCCAAAGUCAAAUAGCCCUGGACAAGUCCAAGGGAAUCUGCUCCCUCGGUCUGAUCAUCAACUACUCAGCAGUUCCUACGACGUAGUUGACCACCUCCGUAAAUUGCAUGGUCCUUGAUUUGCAGUGGUUGUCAGGUUGAAGUAUCUGAUUGAAAAUAUCUGCUGGAUUGAACUGAAAAAAGUCCUCUGGUACAAACUUGUUGAUGUAUAUAAAGUAGCCAUAUUGAUGUAAAUCUAGUGCCUGCAAUUUUGCACCUGAGCAGCUUGUUCUGGGGGAAACUUUGCGAGUGUACAGUGAAAGGAGUUGCACAAAGCAUCAUUCUUUUAUAAGUAGUAUAUUUUUUUAGGAGUUUGUUUAAGAAAUCAUUUGUUUCUCAUUUACUGGUUAUUCCUAUUUUGCUCCUCAAAUUGACCCAUAAAUAAAUCAGAUUCUGGUUUUGUAUUA